AUGGGAGCUGGGCGGAAGCUGAAGAGGCUUAGGAUUAAUCAGAGGUGGGCAGACAAGCAGUACAAAAAGUCUCACCAAGGCAAUGAGUGGAAGAAGCCUUUUGCUGGAUCUUCUCACGCUAAAGGAAUCGUCCUUGAGAAGAUUGGUAUUGAGGCUAAGCAGCCUAACUCUGCCAUUCGUAAAUGUGCUAGAGUUCAGUUGAUCAAGAACGGCAAAAAGAUUGCUGCUUUUGUGCCUAAUGAUGGUUGUUUGAACUACAUUGAAGAAAAUGACGAAGUGUUGAUUGCUGGGUUUGGGCGUAAAGGUCAUGCCGUCGGAGAUAUUCCCGGAGUUAGAUUCAAGGUGGUGAAGGUCUCUGGUGUCUCACUUUUGGCUCUUUUCAAGGAGAAGAAGGAGAAGCCUAGGUCUUAGAGACUCUACUGCUUCCCAGGCUUAUUUUGUUACUGGAUUUUGAUAUCUGAAGACAUUCCUUUGUUCUGCUUAAAGAUUUUUCUAUAAUCUGUUUGGAUUCAGUUUACAAUUUUAAAAGUAUUCUCUCUCUCUGCAUUAAAGCUGUCUCAUUUCCUCCGCUUUACCAGUCAAAACAGGUUUACAUAUGACUGUAAUAAUCUCACUUAGUCACUUGCAACUUCAGGGCAGUCCUAACUUUUUAGGGCUU